AUGUCCGCCGACACCGACCCUUCCCACUCGGCCCGCGCACUCGCCGACGUGCUCGACCAGCAAAGCCAACGCGCCGACGCCGAGGACUGGCCGGCGGUCGAGCGCGCCGCGCAGGGCCUUGCGAACGCGCUGCGGGUGAGGGACGACAAGGACAUCCACUCCCAGCUCGGCAAGGGCACCGUCCCCCAGAGCCUGACCGCCCUCCUCAAACGCGCCACCGAGCAUUCCAUCGACGACGACGCGCCCCGCGCCCUCGCCGCUUACGAGCUCCUGCGCGUCGGGGCGAAUCUCUGCGUAGACCAUGAUGCGAACAGGGAAGCCCUGCUCGAGGCAGGCUUCGUGCGCGCCGUUCUGUCCCUGCUCGAGCGCGACGCCGAAAACAUCUCCUUCGCGCAAGGCACGCCCCUCCCGCUCUCCAUCUCGCACCUCAAAGUCGUCAAGACCGCCAUCGGCGUCUUGCUAAACGCCAGCGUCGGUUACGACCCCGUCAGAUUUCGCCUCGUCUCCCUCGAAGCAGCGACCACCGUCCUCCGCAUAUCCAACGCCAUCUACCCUCCAGGCGCCUGGCUCACCUCCUCUCUCACCUUACCGUCUUCACCCUCCGCUGAUCCAGAUCCCGCCCUUCUUGCCGAAUCCUGGACCCUCCGCUCCGGCCUCUCCGCCUGGUCUUGGCGGCUACUCUCCGAGCUCAAGGACGACGUCGACGCUGGAGAGGACCGCCCCGCCGUCUCGCCCACCGCACAGACACUCCUCGGGCCCGACGCGCUCCCUGCGCUCACGCGGCCCCUGCGCGCCUACAUCCCUCCGUUCCCCGCCGUUCCACCCUCGCUCGACGCGAGCACGCGCCGCGCACUCGUCCAGGCCGACUUUGACGCGCUCGAGGAGGUCAGCAUGCUCCUCGAGUCGCUCUGCCUCGACGUCGAGGACGUCCGGCUCGCACUCGCUCGCGGGCUCUCCUCCCCGGCGGAACACGACGGCGUCCCGUGCCUCGCCGACGUCCUCGCCUUCAUCGAGCGCGGGGACUACCACCCGCUCUGGGCCUCCACCCUCAUCCUCUCCCCGUCCUCCUCAUCCUCCCCGUCCUCCUCCUCCUCCCUCGCGUCCUCGUCGCCAGAACCCGAGAAGCUGCAGCGCAUGAAGCGGCAGUUCGACAUGUGCAAGGCGGCGCUGAUCAAGGCCGUCGUCGAGGUCGCGGGCGAGGACCAAAACGCGGAAGUGCUCUGGGAAGACGACGCGCCGGACGGCGGCGCGUUCGUCGGCGCGCUCGCACGCUGGAUAAGCGAGCUCCCCGAGCGCGAGGACCUCGUGAUCUGCGCGACGCUCGCGCUCGGCAACCUCGUCCGCCGCGGCGCGCACGCCGCCGUCGUCGCGCGCCUGGCUCCCCAGCUCGUGCGCUUCCUGGAGCCGGCCGUGGACGUGAAGGUGAAGCACGGCGUGUUCGGGCUGCUGAAGAACCUCGCGGUGCAGGAGCGGAAUCGGGCCGCGUUGAUGGAGGCGGGCGUGGUGCGGGCCGCGGCGAGGAGCGAGGUGUGGAGCGAGCGGUGCGAUAUGGCGGAGGUCGUGCAGGGGAGCGCGAUCGGCCUCGUGAAGCAUAUGUGUAACGGGAACGUGGACGCGGCGUUCGCGUUCGUGUUGCCCGAGUCGGCCGCGUCGAUGACGGGGCUCGAGCAGGUCCUCGCGCUCACCCAGCGCUCGGACACGGUCGCGAUCAAGUCCGAGGGCACGCGCGUGCUCGUGAACGUGGUCAAAUCUCUCUGGGCGUCCGACGCUGGCGCGCACGGCGAGCGGCGUCAGGCGGCGAUGAAGGCGGUGGUCACGGCGCCGUGCGCGACGGCGCUUGCGCGGCUCGUCGGCCGGAGCAGGAAAUACCCGACGCUCGUGAACGAAGGCGUCGUCGCGCUCAGUCUGCUGAGCACGCACGCAGAGGGCGGACCGAUCGUGCUCGACGCGAUCACCGCGCCGCUGCCUCGCGAGGCGGGCGGGCACGGGCACGGAGCGCGCAGCGCCGCGUCGUCCGUGCCCGCAUCCGCGACGAGCGAGUUUGCGGCGAGUCCGACCGCGGGCCCGCCGACGGCGCUCGGCACACUCGUCGCCGUGCUCAACAACCCGGACAAGCGGUUUGCGCCCGAGAUCCGCGCGAACGUGUGCGCGCUGCUGGCCCAGGUCGGCCGGCGCGGGGCGGGCGCGGAUGCGGCGGACGCGGAGCGCGCGAGAGAGCUGGCGAGGGUGAAGGAGGCGGUGGGGGAGGCGGUGCGGGCCGCGGCGGAGGAGGGGAGCAAAAGUAUGGUGGGCGCUGCGGCGAAGAGGGUGUUGGAGGCAUGGGGACAGUAG